AUGCUACCCAGACCUUUAUCGCAGUGCACAAUGCGGCUAAUAAUAAGUUUGAUAGUGGUGGUGUAUGCCGUAGAGGCGGCUAAGAGAUUUGAAGGGACGUUAAGAUCGGCGGUAGAUGCUCCACCUCAAGACAAUCUGGCCGUGGAAUCUGUAUCAGCCGAACCGGCUGUGGUUGCUACGCCCGAAGAAUAUACCAAUCCAGGAGCACCACCACCUUCUAAGUCUGCUCCUGAGGAACAAGAAGAGCCUGAAGAAGAACCUGCAGCUGAGCCAGCAGCAGAAUCAGUUGCAGAGCCAGCCCCAGAGCCCGCAUCGGCGCCGGAGACUGCUGCAGGAGGUGUGCCACCUUCAGCACCAAGUGGCAUUUCCGCUCCAUCGGCACCAGCCAACUCUCUCGAAGAAUGUGAUCCGGAGAAGAUCGGAUUUGAACUCGUGACUGGAUACGUCUUCUCGGCGCCCUCACACAUUCUCGAUGACAUCCCUGGCACAUUAAUGCUCACCGAUUGCCUCGAGCAAUGCCAGGCCAACGACACUUGCCGCGCCGUCAACUACGAGACAGGACUAUGCGUGCUUUUUAGCUCCGACGCCGAUCAAUUGCCAGGUGCUCUAACUAAAUCCCAAUUUCCGGUAUUCACGAUCUACGCUCAGAAAUCGUGUUUGGGAGUGAAACCGUGUGAACGAGCGUGGUGCUUCGAUCGCGUUCGCGGCUACAAUCUCAAGGGAUUCGGAAAGAGGACACACACCGUUGAAUCGAGACAAAUGUGCCUUGACCUCUGCUUGGGCGAAAAUGACUUCGUUUGCAGAUCGGCGAACUACAACAAUAAAACGGGUGAAUGCGUUUUGUCGAACAUGGAUCGUAUCACUUUAGCUGGUACCAAUUCUUUCCAGCCGAACGAGGAUAUCGAUUACUUAGAAAAUAACUGUGUAGAAGAACCAACAAAGUUAUGCGAAUUUAAGAAGAUGAGUGGCCGCAUUUUGAAAACCGUCGAUUCAGUGUAUCAAGACGUGCAGACAAUCGAAGAAUGCCGGGAAUUAUGUCUUAACUCGCCUUUCCGUUGCCAUUCCUACGAUCACGGAGACACUGGCGAUCAUGUGUGCCGACUAUCUCACCAUUCCAAAGCCACACUUGUGGACAUUCAGGAUCCUUAUUUGGAAGUACCUGAAGCGGCUACUUAUGAACUAUCUUCAUGCUACAAUGUUUCUAUUGAUUGCCGUGCUGGUGAUAUGGUGGCUCGUAUUCAGACCUCAAAAUUAUUCGAUGGUAAAAUAUACGCAAAAGGUAGCCCCAAUUCCUGCGUCGUUGACGUUCAACAAAGUCUUGAAUUCGAAUUACAUAUGGGAUACAAUAAUAUCGAAUGUAAUGUGAAGCAAAAUGGACUUGGCAGAUAUUUAAACGACGUCGUGAUUCAGCAUCAUGACACUAUUGUUACAUCAUCUGAUCUUGGGUUAGCCGUAACUUGUCAGUACGACUUGACGAAUAAAACAGUAGCUAACGAAGUCGAUCUCGGUAUUCACGGUGACAUUAAGACAGGAAUUUCGGAGGAGGUCAUUGUCGAUUCACCAAACGUAGCUAUGAGGAUUACAGAUAGGAAUGGUGAUGAUACAAUUGCUUCUGCGGAAGUCGGAGACCCCUUGGCUCUUCGUUUCGAAAUCAUGGAUCAAAAAUCACCAUUCGAAAUUUUCGUACGAGAACUUGUUGCCAUGGACGGCGUGGAUUCCAGUGAAAUCACACUUAUUGACAGCGACGGUUGCCCAACUGAUCACUUCAUUAUGGGACCUUUAUAUAAAUCAGCAACGAGCGGAAAAACGCUGCUUUCUCACUUUGACGCCUUCAAAUUCCCAUCUUCGGAAGUUGUCCAGUUUCGUGCCUUGGUAACACCUUGCAUGCCUACUUGUGAACCGGUAAUUUGUGAUGGAGGUCCGAAUGAACUUCGAUCAGUCAUGUCAUACGGACGCAGGAAGAGGCGUUCAACCCCAGCGGCGCCAACUGAUGAUAUGCUUCUUGUCCAGACUAUUCAAAUCACUGACAAGUUCGGUUUCGACAAACAGAAAGUCAAGAAUGUUACCGAAGAUGCUGUUUUUGUAAGAGAAACAGACGUUACUUGCGUUAACGCAUCCGGAGCAAUGUUAGCAGCAGCUGCAUUCAUAGCAGCUCAACUAGUCGUGUUGGCCGCGUGGACUUGCAGUUGGCAGCGACGUCGUGCGGCAGCCAAAGCUGCCGAGCUCCUGCCGGGCCCAAACGCCCCUUCAGCUCUCUGCAAAGUCUACGAUGCUAGUUUCUCGCGUGCACACCAGAGGCACUUUUGAGUAGAUUUACGUAGAUAUGUUGACGAUCGCGUCUGCAAUAGUAGUAUAUUUACUUAAUUUAAAUUCUUCCGUCGUUUUCGAGCUCCGAUUGAAAACGUGAAUAUUAUUAAUAACGUGAUCUUUCAGAGAGUAUAAUAUGACGACAGCAGUUAUCAGUAUAAGUUUCGAGCGAGCCCGUUUCGAUGCCAUGUCAGGCAACUGGUGCGGAGUUUGCACGACAUGGAGACGGGGACGACCUUAAGAGCGUGCGCAAUUGUGGACGAAUGAGUGUAAUAAAACGUUGUGUCUGAGUUUUGAGUGUAUGAUGUGACUGGGUACGCUCGCUUGUCCCCAUCUCUGGAGUCAUUUACUAGAGGGAUUAUGGCCGUGAGUCAUCAUUAAGAACAACUGGCCGUUCUACAUACUUUACGCUUGAACCUCUUGCACAGGUCUAAAGUCGUACUGUACCAUACUUUAAUGUAGCAUAGACAUGAUAUGAUAAUAGUAAUAAGUUGAAACUGAAAUUUUUGUAUCUAUUAAGUAGACAACCGAUCACGCGACCUAAGUCAAGGAACGUUAGAUUGAUGGCCAACCCGACACCGUAAUUUAUUUACUUUAGUUUAGAUUCUUUUUACGUAAUUUAUGUUCGAUUGCGAGUUAAAUCUAUAAGAUACCUAAUAAAAUCUUAAUUUAAAUAAAUAGAUGCUUUCGACUAAAAUGUGCUGUUUUACGAUAUGAUUUGAAAGUAAAUUGUAAUGCUAGUACCUUAUUCGAAAUAUUGUAAUAGUAAAAUUACACAAAUUAUUUUUAUAUAUUAAUUUAAUCCGUCCAAAUUGCCAAUUACCUGCAAUAAAGUUUUCUAAAUAAA